AGGAGCUUCAGCACCGACUGUUUCAGUUCUGUAAACAACCGAGAUCCGGGAGCAGCUCCAGCCCGUGAAACAGUGAAUACCGAAACGGGAAACAAGUAGCCUGUCGAGGAAGGAAAGCUCCUCGGCUGCUGCUUGCUGCUGCUGCUGGAGCAGAAAGGUGCACUUUGCUUUGUUAGCUGUACUUUUACAAGAUUCUUAACCCGGCAUCUCACUGCCGGACUGAAGAUAUCACAGUACAGUAUCAUUCCUAGAGGUAAAAGGAACCGAAUUGGACGUUUGUUUUCUUUUGCGAAAAGAUGGCAUCAAAUGACUCGCGGCUCCAGCAACAGCCGUCCCAAAAGGACGCCGCCGACCAGAACUUUGACUACAUGUUCAAGCUGCUGAUCAUUGGCAACAGCAGCGUGGGCAAAACCUCCUUCCUUUUCCGCUACGCAGACGACUCCUUCACCUCGGCGUUCGUCAGCACCGUGGGCAUCGACUUCAAGGUCAAGACAGUCUUCCGCAACGACAAGAGGAUCAAACUGCAGAUCUGGGACACAGCAGGGCAAGAGCGCUACCGCACCAUCACCACAGCCUACUACAGAGGAGCCAUGGGCUUCCUGCUCAUGUAUGACAUCACCAACCAGGACUCCUUCAACGCAGUUCAGGACUGGGCGACGCAGAUCAAGACAUACUCGUGGGACAACGCUCAGGUGAUCCUAGUGGGCAACAAGUGUGACCUGGAGGACGACAGGAUCGUACCCACAGAGGACGGCCAGCGUCUCGCAGAGGAUCUAGGUUUCCAGUUCUUUGAGGCCAGCGCCAAGGACAACAUCAACGUCAAGCAGGUGUUCGAGCGUCUAGUGGACGUCAUCUGCGAGAAGAUGAACGAGAGCAUGGAGGGAGAAACCAAUCUUGUUUCCAACCACAGGAACCAGGGCCUUAAAGACUUGCCUUCAGAGAACCACGGUGGCUGUGCUUGUUAAACCGUCUGCCUUCUUACCAAGUUCUCUCAACAUACACACAUCCGCACACAUAAAGACCAACUCCUUCUCUGUGCCUCAACCAUUGUAAAGUGCUGCACCUCUUCCUCUCUCUCUCUUUACUGCAGCCUAACACAGCUCAACACAGACCAAAGCACAGCUAGCUGAGAUAGUCAUCAUCAGCUCUGUCAGACCCCUCUGCUCCCCAGAACCUGCCUCUUCUUUCUUGUCCUACUAAAGAGGCCCACUCUGUCUGUGAUGUCUGAUAGUCCACUGAAGACUGUCCUGUGCUCUGUUUCCCUCCACAUCUACCACCUUGACCACCGCUGCACCAUUAGCAUUUUAAAUUUACCGUACUUGAAACAUUUUGUUCAGUGGCUUACAAUUUUCGGAGUCAAAUAUUUGCGCAGAUAGCUUGAAGCUAGUGACGCCAAAUAUGAUGGAGACACAUGUUUAGAAGGCUGUACAUUUGGCAUUCAUUGUUCUGUUUGAGGAUCAUACAUAUACUUGAGUUUCCCUUAACCUUGUAAAACCAGACUACAUGCCACUAGGAGACAUAAGAUUUGAUUGUUGCUCCUGAACCUUAAAAACAGCUAUUUAAACUGUAUGAUACUGUAGAAACAAACUUAAUAAUGAUAGUGAUUUUGGAUAGAUCGUACAAAAUUCCACAACACUUCCUGCUAAAAGACCAAUGUCCAGUCCGACAGUAUGUGGGACAUUUGAUGCUCAUGACUGACUGAAGCAGAGAAGAAUAAACUUUUUUUUGUACUUUAAAUAAUGUAGGUCUCAAACAAAGGCAGAUUGAGCUUUGCAAAGGCUUAAAGGAAUGCUUUGAUUACAUAUUUCGGGAAAUUCACUAAUUCUCUUUCUUGCCAAGUGUUGGAUGAUUAAUACUGUGCUUUUAUUUGUACAGUAACUAUGAAUUUCCAGCAACCACUUAGCUUAUAUUAGCACAAUGAAUUUGUUUUUGUACAGAUUAAACAAGUUAUUGAGGUUUAGAGGUGCUGGUAGGUGGAUUUUGGACAGAGCCAGGUUAGCUGUUUCCAGUCUUCAUGCUAAGAUAAGCUAAAUGACUGCUGGCAAUAGCUUUUAUAUUUAUAGUACAGGCAUGAAAGGGGUAUUAAUCUUUUCUUCUAACUCUUGGCAGAAAAAGAGAGUACUUCCCCAAAUGUGGAACAUUUCCUCAAACAGAAAUCAAAUGCCUCUAAAUUCCUUUAAAUGUGGACAUAUCAGUACAGCACAGCCAAAUGAAAUUCAUUGUGAGAAGAACCGUAUGCCUUUAUAUUGUUGUUUUUGGGGUUAAACUUAUAUAAGGUGCUGAUAAUUAUUUUCUUCCCUAAAUGACAUCUCGGUUAUAAAAUUCUGAGGUACACAUCUCAUUACUCAUUACUUAUUAUAUAUUUAAAGCAUCAAAUCCAUCAGUCAAGAUGUUUAAGAAAACCAACUAGAGUCUUAAUGCCAGCACUUUGCCUGCCUCAGCGGCCUUCUCUCUCUCGUGCACUUAGGCUGAAACAACAGGAGGGUUAGAGCGACGAUAAAUGCUGCCAGCGUGCUUGUGUGAGGAAGUCGUUAAACACCGGUGACACUUGUAUUCGUCACAUGCAUGCAUGUCCUCACUCACCCCUUUUUGCCACUCUCUUUUAAACGACUCGCUCUUUCUAAUGCACACCACCAUGUUUUCAUCAUUAUACACGUUAGACAACAUACGCACACACACUCAAGCACAGCAUGGCAAAACAUGUAGAAUGGGAAACCUACUAUGCUUGAACAUUUGAGUUUUACAAAGCAGUCAAUUGUCUUUUUUUUGUUAUUUUUUGUUGUUACUGACAUAAUGACUAUUGCGUGGAAUUGCAGCACAUGUGUGUCUGUGUGUAUGUUUGUGUGUACUCAGAAAGGGAAGAACACUGAACUGUGAGUUACAUCAAGGCCUCUGUUAGCAGUAAAAACCUGUAGCAGAAUGUUUAAAAAACAACAACUUUGUGUCACUUUAUAUCCCAUUACUGUAAUAUGUCACAUUUUAACUGAAGUGAAUAAAAUGAAGUUUUUAAUCUUCAUUCCACAGUAUGUUAUGUUUGCCAACGGUUAAACUAUACAUUCAGUUGUUUUUGUUGCUCCAUGAUGCCAUUUUAAACAUUUCAGUAUUGAACAGUGAGCCUCCCCCCAGCUGA